AUGACGAGACGCCGCUGCGGCCCGGAGAGCAAGUUGCACGUCUUCGAGCUGGGCUUCAACGUCUCCCGGCGCUGGCUGCCCGCCAUAGAGGUGUGCCACGACACCGACGCUGCCAAUACCUUGUACUCCCACCACCGGCUGCUCGGGUCGUUGCAGCGAUUUCGGCGGAAGCAGACGGCGCGGCCGUCGUUCUCGCAGGGCAGCGAGACCGGGACGCUGUACGUGGGCGUCUCCCCUCCCAAAGUGUACUCACCCUCUGCCGUUCUGGAGACCCUGGCGGCGGCGCUGGGGUCGCGGGAGGCGGCCAGCCAGAUGCUCUCGCAGUCGACGCUGAGCCGCGGCCACCUCGCUCCCUCCGGAGACUUCAUCCUCAACACCCAGCAGCACGCGUCCUUCUUCUACGCCAACGCGGCGCCGCAGUGGCAGACAUUCAAUCACGGGAACUGGCUGUCUGUCGAAUCGGCGCUCCGCAACCACGCUCAGCGCCAGUCCCUGGAUCUGGAGGUUUGGACUGGGACACACGGCGUGCUGUCGCUGGAUGACACAGAGGAGCUGUACCUGGCGGGGGGCCGCCGCAUUGCGGUACCGCUGUUCUUCUGGAAGCUGGUGCACGACCCGCGGUCGGGCACGGCGAUAGUCUUCGUGGGGCUCAACAACCCAUUCGCGACGUGCAAGGCGGUGCAGGUGCUGACGCAGGUGUGCCCCGAAAACGUGUGCACCAAAGCGGGCUGGGCGAGGCGCAACUGGAACCGACCCAGCAAGGGGCUCAUCACCUGCUGCUCUGCCCAAGAGCUGGCCGCCGCCGUGCCGGGGGCGCCACAGGUUAACGUCACAGGGCUCUUACGUGGGCCACGCGCCUGA